AGAAGGAUCAGUGAGGUUGAUGUGAUGGGCCCAUUUAUUGUGUGAGUGAUGGACGAUCACAGGUUGUGGAUCAAAGUUUGCGAUCGUUGGAUUUACGCUUUUAUAAUGUCCAUCAAUGAAAUCUGAUCUCAAACAUUCACCGAUCCAUUAAAUGAAGCCAAAGUGAACAUAAGCGGUGGUUCCAGACAUUGUCAGUCCAUGAUAUGUUGUUGCAGGAGAACGAUUUCAACACUACAGUCGCUUUUUAACACACCUUUCUAUAAGCGCUUCUAAAAACCACUGGAUCAAUCACUGCCGUCAGCUCGUGCGCUCGCGACAGUUUGAAAAGUUGACACCCGCGAAAAUCUGCGACAUCGUCGAACAUGAGCUGCUUCAGAGUCCGAGCAGACCCUCAGAGCUCCACUGUGGAAUCCACUGUGUUCCUCCACUGUGGAAGUUCCACUGUGACCGACACCUCAACAUGAGCACAGGACCGACGUCACAAGCCACUUUUAUUCAAGGACACCAGAGGACGGUGGAGCACGAUGCGUCCCACUCUGCGCUCUUCUACCUCCUCCAAGAAGUUUCCAGGCUGGCGUCUCCCAGCCACAGCAGUUUCCUGGGUACAAACUCGCCUUGCAAAUGGCUCGACGAGGCGUCCACACCGGGGGAUGUCAUCGUUGAAACGGAGGUAGAGGAUGAGCAUUUCUUUCAAAGGUAUGAUAGUUUCUCUCAGCACAGUGUCUCGCCUUUUAAUCAGGUGAACAAAGUGGAGGAGGAAAGUCACAACAGCACGGUGAUGAGUUUGAUUGAGCCGCAUCAGGAAGGUACCAGCCCCUUGAAAGUGCUGAGUCUGAUCAACCUGCAGUGUGAGAGGAUCCUGCAUCGGAGAGAUGUAGAGGAGCCGCGCACAAGUUCAGUAUCAUCCAAGGCAAAAUCAGUCCUUAAAACAGCCAGGUUGUCAACUGCUGCAGCAGAUGUUACAGAACAGGGGGUUGGAAGUGACACUUUUCUUAUCAAGAGACAAGAAAUCCCAGCCUCUGUCCGUGAUGGGGAAGAUGUGAAAGGAGUCAGCAUUUAUAAAUACUCUCAGGUGGGUUGUAGUCUUCAACCUCAGCCUGCUGAAAUAACAGACACUGUUUUACCAGAGCUGAUGAAAGAUAAUGCCACCACCUCCUCUCAACCGCAGCCUGGGGACAAAAGGGAGGCCAUGUUUAAUGUUAACGCACAAUUAGAGUUGAGCCAGGAGUGUAAGAUGGAUUUUUGGAAUGUACCCUUCUCUGAAAAGGCUCUGUCACAAGCACACAUGCACAGUCCACCCAUUAAUACCCAGAUGACUUUGAAUUCAAAUGAAGAUACAGGUGUAGAUCUACCAAAGCCAGCACUGACAGUAGACUACAACGCAAACAUUGUGUUGACCCCAUGUGACACCCAGCUGUCGCCUCUGAGCGCUCUCCUGGCUUCUUCACAAUCUGCAUUGCUCUACUUGAGUGCUGCAGAGAGGUGUCAUUCAUUCCUAAAAACUGAUAACAAACCCACAGGAGCGAAUCCAUCUAUACCUGCUGCCAUAAAGGAGGAAUCACCCACAUUUGAACAACUGAAAUCCUCCAGCUACAAUGUGCUUUCUGUAAAGUUACAACCAGAACUCAGGCCUGUGCAAAAGCAGGAAAUUGCUCCUCCAUCUUCCUGGCAGUGGAGAACCAAGACUCCUAGAAAACAACCUCAUCCCAGCCGGAGUGUUGACAUCCAAGACCCAGACAUCCAGGGAGUGACUUUCAGGAUGGGCUCAGAGCUGGACGACAGCAGGGAGCAGUGUCGGCUCCUCAUAACUUCAAAGUACAGCAAGGAGCUCUUCAAGUGUGUAAGAAAGCCAAGGCCGAGGACACGGACAUCCCAGAAAUCCCUCAAAACUAGCAGCUCAGACGAGGAGAGUGACCUGACGGUUUCCAAGGAUAAAGUCUGUGCAUCGUGCUGCACCAGGAAGACGCCCAUGUGGAGAGAUGCAGAGGAUGGGACCCCACUCUGUAAUGCCUGUGGGAUAAGGUAUAAGAAGUACAGAGUGCGCUGUGUCAACUGCUGGCAUAUCCCGAGGAAAGAGGGCAACUCCAACUCAUGCUGCCUCAGGUGUGGAAACUUGGUGAGGCUGACCUCAGCUCAACGGAAACACACCACCUAGGGAACAUACACAGAGAAAAGGCUUUUUAUGUUCACAUGUGACGGAGCUGUGCACACACCAGCUCAAGACUGAACCCUCUCUGUUGCUGUUGUUCUUUGUCCUCGACAAUUCACUACAGAUGUAAACGCCAAAAAGAAAGAACCAACACCAGCCUUUUGUAUUUUACGUGACUCAGGGUAUUUAAAUUAGUUUCACUGCCUCAGUUUUGCACCUCGGACAACAGACCUCAUUGACUUUAGCUCCAUGGUUGCCAUCAAAGUGCUGCAUACAUCACAAGAAAACUUACAAAAAUUAACUUAAAGGACUAAAAAAACUUUAAAACCUUCUGAAACUCUGUGCUCAACACUUAACAGGGGACGCUGUCAGACAAUGGUCUGCACCUCUAUCUUUCCUGCACUGAAACUUAUGUAUGUAGCAUGUGUGACAAAGUGUAUUCAGAUGAUUGGUUUGUCUUCCCUCUGUCUGCUGAGCACAGAGCACAGACAGUUUGUAGCAGAGAGUCAUUUAACACAAAUAAACGGGAUGCUGCAGUGCUACUGUAAGAACUACACACAUUCAGUGGAGAGUUUAUUCAUAAUUGUUGUCAGUUUUCAUCUAAAUAGCUUCAGUGUUGCCUGUGUAUAAUGGUCGGUGGUCUCCAACAACAGCUGCACUACAAAGUUAUCUCUGUGCAGGAACAAAAAACGGCAUCCUGAGCUCAGUGUUGUCUUCACUGUUAUUAACUGCAAAAGAAUUAACUUUCUUGGCCACAUGUAUUUAGUUGCACAAGUUAAAUUAUUUAUUUUGUUGUGUUUGUCCUAAUUUCCAACUUAUUUUUUGCACGGUUUGUUUAUCUUGGUGUUUAUUUGGAGUGUAGCUGGUAUCGUUGGUGCAUUUUUUUCCUGUGAGGAAAGAAACCCUCUUUGUGUGAGCUUGCAUGGGUUUCGGUCUGUAUUAAAGUCUGUAUAAAACA